AUGAUUGACGAUCAGGCGUUAGGGUUUCUUGCCAAUUUUCUCGGCAUUUUUGUCUUUGCUUUGGUGAUUGCCUACCAUUACGUGGCGGCUGAUCCGAAGUAUGAAGGCAACUGAGAUGAGAGACCUCAGAUGCUUAGAUUGAUCGAAAAAAUGCAUUACUGUUAGACGUAGGUCAUUUUGAUAUGACAGGUUUUUCUUCUUCUUCUAUGAGAAUUUUCUCCUAGCAACAAUCAAUGUUAACAGCAAUUUCAUUAUGCAAUUAUAACUUAUUCUCGUAAUUUUUCGUGGUUA